AUGUACAACAACCGAGAAAUCGUUGGUGGCAAUGCACUGGCAUACGAUUGUCUGGAUUAUCAUGGUCAACAUCGAACAAAGCUAGCUAAUCAAGAUUUAUAUGAUAUGACUAUUGAGCUAAUCUCGUUCUGUAUCCGUCCGGUGCGUCCAGAUGAUGAGCCAAUGGACACGUUCGUUCAUCCACUUGCUCGUCGUCUGUCAUUUGAACGAGUGAGUGACAUGGGUGUCACCGUUGAACAACUGUUGUCAUGGUCAAUUCCAACGGUGAUAGUUGAGCGUUAUCAGCGCUAUCUGAGCAGUCACAAGAUGGCAUCAUUGAACGAGCAAUUCUACAACUGCACUUCUGCACGGUUCGGUAUUCGCUGUCAAUAUUCGUUUGGAUCUCGUUUCAUGCAAGGAAUGUCUUUUGAUGAUUUGAUCGAUGACACAUUUAACAGCAAACAAUCGUAUGCCACGUCAUGGGAUGAUAUGACGACGUUAGCAGCGCCUAUCCCAUGCUAUGUCCUGAUCAAAUGUCAUCGCAAUGGGAUCGAGUGGUGUCUUGAUUGGCGUGAGAUAUGUGAUGGAGUGAUAGAUUGUUUUGACGAAGGCACCGAUGAAGAACACUGUUUUGUACUGGAAAUUAAUAAAUGCAAGGCGGACGAAUAUCGAUGCCACAAUGGCAUGUGCAUUGCAGAAGAUCUAUGGCAAGAUGGCGAAGACGGAAGCGAAGUGGAUUGUCUUGAUCGGUCUGACGAGGGUCAAGAUGAAGCUUCUUUGACGAUGUGCUAUCGGGACGUGUCAUUCCGAUGUGAACAGCAGGCAUGUCGACCAGAUGAACUUCGAUUCUCAUGCGGCGAUGGUGAGUGUGUUGGGAGAUUUGCGCCUUGUCAUAGUGGUCGACAUCAGUUGUUGAUUGAAUCGUUGAUGCAAGAAGGCGACCUGAAUAAAGAGUGUUGGAUGACAAUGGUUUGUUUGACUAAGCUUGUUAAGCAACUGAAUGGAACACCAUGUGAUGUAUGGUUGUUAGACGAUUCCAUCAGUGCACAUCUCGCACAAUGUCCUCACCUGUUUCAGUUUCCAACAACUGCAGUCCACUCAAAUCACGUUCUCUUUUUUUACGCCAAUGUUGAGACUCGCAAAAAUCUGACGGAUGAUUUUAUGCCUGACUACGUGUGUUACAAUGAAGAACUCUGCGAGUUUCAUUCCGUGCAUUGGCUUUCUGAUGUUAAUAUGACUUGCUUGAGCAAAUGGGAUAUUUGGAUCGAAUGGGAUAAUACGGUUAAAGAUCCAUGGAGUCAAUUAGUAUGGUUGAUUGAGCGAGAAUUUCGUUCUUGUAUGGUGUCCACAAAUGAUGUUUUUCGCAAUCAGAUGCUCGAUUCAAAUGAUUCUACCUUGUAUCAGUGUUCGAACUCAUCAAAAGUCAUUUCUUCGCACCGUAUUAAAGAUGCCUUGUACGAUUGUAUUGAGAAUGACGACGAAAACCGUGCAAACAGUUGUUCGUUCAACGAUCGACAUCGAGCAAGAUGCGAGCAUGAAAAAGAGUGUUGGUCGCCGUUAAUAAAACAAUCCGUCUGCAGGAUCAGUGAUGAGCAAAGUGAAGAUAUUCUACCAUUCGCAAGCUUUUGUGAUGGCAUUUCACAGUACUAUUAUCAUAGCACGAACAGAGAAAAGCGAGACGAUGAAGAUGGUUGUGAUAUGAAUGCACUGUGUGACAAUAUGUAUUCACGUUGUGAUGGCUUCUGGGCAUGCCCAGAUGGUCGCGAUGAAUGGAACUGUAGUAAUCACUCGCUAUGUCCAGUCUCAAGUCAUGCUUGCAUAUCUCCUUAUAACUACACAGUGUCGUGUUUGUCUGCUAAUCGUGUCAAUGAUGGAGUCGCUGACUGUCUGGGAGCUACUGAUGAACAAGAGAAAUGUCGCUUUACUUUCCGUUUGCAUCACGAUCUUCGUCCUUUGGGUUGUCUAGGAAGUGACGAAUGCUUACGAUCGUCCCAGUUUUGUGACAACAGAGUUGAUUGUUCGCAGCAUCCAGAUGAUGAACAGUUUUGCCAAGAUCGACCGUUCACAUGCAAUCAGACUGUAUCACGCGAACGAAAUCAACUCGAGCACAUUCUUUGUAGUCUAAACGAAGAGAAUGAACGUCGGAUCAAAUUCUUUUCGGUGAUUACAUCGACACUUUACCCUGCGUCAACCGAAUUGUCCGAUCGUCAUGAUCACGCGCAGUCCCGGCGAGUCCAAAAGAAUAACGAGUCGGAAGAUGCAACGAAACUGAUGGUGACACGAACGUUCACACGAGAAGAUAAACGUUGGUCACACUAUUGCAACCGUGGCAUUAUGGUCGAAAAACAGUCGAAGAAUCUUACUUCCUUCGACUGCUUGUGUUCAGCAAGUUAUUACGGUGAUCGAUGCCAGUAUCAAAGUCAGCGAGUUAGUUUAUCAUUGCAGCUAACUUCAACAAGCCGAUAUGAAAUCUAUGCUGUCAUCAUCCUGCUAGUUGACGACCAACGCAAUGAAAUCACAGCAUUCAGUCAAUUCAAGUACAUUGCAAAAGAUAGUUGUGCAAUGAAAUGGCAUGGAGUCCUUCUGUAUCCGACGAGACCAAUGAAUAGUUCCACAAAUUACAGUGUUCGAAUCGAUGUAAUUGAGAAGAACUCGAUGGAUUACGUUGGCCAUUGGUAUUAUUCGAUUCCAUUUGCGUUUUUACCUGUAAACCAGCUGAGUGUUGCAUUGAACUUAUCAUCAAGUGCUAUUGUCGGAAAAGUCGAGUGUAGCAUGACAUGUUUAGAUGGAAAACAAGAAUGUAUGGUAUAUGUCAAUGUGAGAAACAAGUCAUUUUGUCGAUGGAAACCAUCUGAAACAACUGACGAUGAAUGUUCGAGUGGGUCUGUGUUUAUUGGCUGGACACAAAAUCGGCGACCGAUCUGCGUGUGUCCAUUCUUUCGGCAUGGACCAACUUGUGCGUUGAUGUCACCGCAAUGUUCGCCGAAUCUUUGUCAAAAUCAAGGCCAAUGUGUUGAACACGAUGAGAGCUUGUUUGAUAGAAAGUACACAUGUGUUUGCACUAGCAAGUAUUACGGUCUGAACUGUGAAUACGAGAAAUGGCAACUAGAGGUGUCGUUCGAAGGCAUUGAUGUGUCGUCGUAUGUCAUUGGACAUUUCUACACUAUCUCGAAUGAUUCGCAACCGCAAAAAACAAUCCUUCUUCGAAAACUGACACUGUUCCAACAUGUCGUGGCAUUUCAUAUUUCGAUUCCAUUUCACUUAGCUUUCAUUCAGAUCAACGAACGUGACUUUUAUCUCGUUUAUCUUCAACAUUCACCGUCGAUGUAUGCAUUCUCUCAGCUCAGUGACAAACAGCGAUGUCAUUCGAUGAGUAAUUAUGUCAAUUCCACAGUAUUGAAUCUGCAUCGAUAUGAACGAAUAGCUCAUUUUCAUCGCGUCUGUUUGCAAAAUUGGCAUGUAGUGUGUUUCGUUGAUGAAAUGUAUUUGUGUUUAUGUACGAAUGAUCAUCAUGCGAAUUGUUUGCCGUUCGAGCAGCAACUGUACUCUUCUGCAGAUCGCUUUCGAUGUUCGGCCAAUGAUCAGUAUUGUUCGAACGGAGGCGAGUGUUAUCAAGAUCAUGCUCAUUGUCCAUCGACGAAGAUCUGCUUAUGCGCAAGCUGCUUUUUUGGUCAACAGUGUCAAUUGUAUGCGAAAGGGCUUGGCUCGACAUUAGACGAAAUCUUGGGCUAUGAAUUCGUUGCAAAGCGAAGUCUAACCUCUCAGUCCGUGUCAAUUAAGCUGAGUGCUGGAAUAACCAUGGUGAUUUUUGUUGUAGGAAUUAUCAAUGUCAUCUUAGCAUUGAUGACAUUUUCGCAGCCGAAAAUCCGUGAAGUCGGCUGUGGACUGUAUUUAUUAGCAUCAUCGGUUACUUCAUUGUCGACAAUGAUAUUCUUCACACUGAAGUUUUGGCUGCUGCAUUUCUCUUAUCAGAAUGUGUCCAAUGCUGGAAUCAUUCUGACGAUCAAUUGUCGAUUUGUGGAAGUGAUGUUAAAGUUGUCUUUAUUCAUCGACAACUGGCUGAAUGCAUGUAUUGCCAUGGAGAAAACUAAUUCAGUCAUUCAAGGUUUGCAGUUCAACAAGAGAAGUAGUCGACAGCUAGCAAGACGGGUAACUCCAUUUGUGUUUGUUGCCAACGUUGCAAUGCUCGUUCCACAGAUGCUCAAUCUUCAUGUGUUCGAAGAUAAGAUGGAAGGACGAAGUUGGUGUGUGAUUCAUUACAAGCCAUGGUUGAAAAGAUACAUCGUUGGUCUGAUGUUCUUCAAUUAUUUUGGCCCAUUCGUUGUUCAGAUUGGAUCAAUAAUCCUGAUUAUUAUAGGCACAGCUUAUCAGAAACUGUUAAUACAAUCGAACGAGAAACGUAUUUGGAGCCAUCUUAGAUGGAAGAUUGUCAAAUACAGACGACUUAUGAUUAGUCAAAUGAUUAUAACAUUGUUGACAUUGCCUCACUUGAUCAUUUCGCUAAAAUUAGAAUGCAGACGAUCGUCUGAUUUGCUUUGGUUUUUUCUGGCUGGUUAUUUCGUAUCAUUCCUUCCGGCAGCAAGUAUUGUUAUCAUAUUUGUGACCCCAUCUCCAUUGUAUCGAAAGCAACUGAAGCAAGGUGUGAAGCGAAUUUGGCAACGAGCACAGUAUCAGUGGGAGACGUUCCGAACAAAAGCAAUGAUGAACUGA